GAUGAGCGACGUAGUGGAGCGAACGUUGUCGGCUCUGCCGGGUCUCCUGUCGCUGGAGCCCGGCUCCAGGGCGUCGGGCGCUUCCAGGCUAGGCGCCUUGAUCCGCGGCGUCACCGAACUGACGUCCAAGCAGGAUGAGGAGAAACUGGUAAAGAAGGAAUUGGCUGCAUUAAAAGAGCAAGUCUCUGCCCCUACCACCUCACUGAAGCAAAUGCGAGAAUGUUUGGUGCGUCUGAUCUACUGUGAAAUGCUGGGGUACGAGGCCUCCUUUGGAUAUAUACAUGCUAUCAAGUUAGCUCAGCAAGGGAGCCUGAUGGAAAAGCGAGUUGGCUACUUGGCCGUUUCUCUCUUUCUAAGCGAGAGCCACGAGCUGCUUUUGCUUCUCGUCAACACGGUUCUAAAGGACCUUCAGAGCACUAACCUUCUCGAGGUUUGCAUGGCAUUGACUGUUGGCAGCCAGCUUUUUCCACCAGAUAUGAUCCCUGCAGUUCUUCCUUUGGUUGAAGAGAAGCUUCAGCACUCUAAGGAAAUAAUAAGAAGAAAAGCCGUACUUGCUUUGUACAAAUUUUAUCUUAUUGCGCCAAAUCAAGUUCAGCAUAUACAUGACAAGUUUAAGAAGGCUCUAUGUGACAAGGACCCUGGAGUCAUGGCUGCCUCUCUUCACAUCUACCUUUUGCUGAUUAAGGAAAAUCCAGAUGGCUAUAAAGAUUUAACUCAGAGCUUUUUAACAAUUCUUAAGCAAGUGAUUGGAGGAAAACUUGCAGUGGAUUUCAACUACCAUAAUGUGCCAGCUCCCUGGCUACAGAUUCAGUUGCUGAGAAUUUUAAGAUUAUUGGGAAAAGAUGAUCCAGUAACUAGUGAAUUAAUGUAUGAAGUUCUCGAUGAAUCUUUGCGAAGAGCUGAUCUCAACCACAAUAUAACCUAUGCAAUUUUGUUUGAGUGCAUUCAAACUGUAUAUACUAUUCAUCCAAAGUCAGAACUGCUGGAGAAAGCAGCUGUGUGCACUGCAAAGUUCAUCUUAUCACCGAGAAACAAUUUAAAAUAUUUAGGAUUAAAAGCAAUCACAUAUGUAAUCCAGCAAGAUUUAAAUCUGGUUCUUCAACACCAAUUGACAAUAAUUGAGUGUUUAGAUCACCCUGACCCAAUUAUAAAGAGAGAGACACUAGAACUGCUGUACCGAAUCACUAAUGCACAAAAUGUAGCUGUUAUUGUGCAGAAACUGCUGGACUAUUUGAGACAAAGCAAAGACGAAUACAUCACCAUCAACUUAGUUGGCAAAAUAGCAGAGCUUGCUGAAAAAUAUGCUCCCAGUAAUGAGUGGUUUAUUCAAACCAUGAAUACAGUAUUUUCAGUGGGUGGAGAUAUGAUACAACCAGACAUCCCGAAUAACUUCUUGCGACUACUGGCUGAAGGAUUUGAUGACGAAGAGGAAGACAAACAGUUGAGGCUUUAUGCAGUGAAUUCCUAUCUUGCCCUUUUGGAAAAGCCCAAUGUACAAUAUCCUCAGAGAUUCCUACAGGUUAUGAGCUGGGCGCUGGGAGAAUAUUCCUACCUCAAAACAGAAACAAAACCAGAAGACGUCAUACAGAAAUUAGACUGUUUACUUGGGAAUUGUGCUGCAAGUUUAGAAACAAAAGCUUGGAUUCUGAGUGCAAUUACCAAGCUCUCUCAUCUAACACUGAAUGUCGAAGCAUUACCUGAAAUCGUGCAAAGUUUUGGGAAUUCAACAGAAUCUUGUUUGAGACAAUCUUGUUUUGAAUUGGGGCAGCUUAUCGAGAACAGAGAGAUAAUGAGUGCAGUUUUACCACUGAAUGCAAGUUGUGAUGAUAUAAUGGUCGAUGCUUCACUCUCUUUUCUUGAUGGGUUUGUUGCCGACGCCUUGGGUCGUGGAGCUGCACCAUAUAAACCACAUCAUCAAAGGCAAGAAGAGAAGUUGUCCCAAGUAAAAGUGUUAAAUUUUGAACCAUAUGGGCUAUCUUUUCUGACAAGCCCACAGACCUCCAGUGUUACAGGAAGGCAGUCUCCAACAGACUUGUCUUUGAAUUCAGAGGUUUCCUGUAACAGCACAGAAUCUGGAUUAAAAGAUUCAGAUAGCCUGAAACUUGAAGGGGUGAAAAAAGUAUGGGGUAAGAAGGGCUACCUUCGAAACAAAGAAUCCAAAGAAGAAGCCUCCAGCAAAACAAGUGCCAUUUCUGGAAGUGAAAUGGUUGCUGAAUGCCCCAGCACAGCAGAAAGCAAUGUUAGUAUUCCUGCAGAAGAACAAGAAAAAAAGCUUUUGGCAUCAUCUCUAUUUGUUGGUUUGGGAUCCAAUAACUUCGUAAAUUUGAUGGGAAAAUCUCAGAGUACCACCCAUAAAUUUUGGAGAAAGUCAAAGAACGUUGAGAAGCAAAAUACCUCUGAAAAGGUUACGUCUGCUCAGAAGGCAACUGUUUCACAUCCUGCUCAAAUUCCAGAUCUAAUGGAUAAUGUCCCAGAAAGUUGUAAUUCCUUUGAAGAAAGUAAAGUGGAAUCACUUGGGAAAGCAGCAAGUUACUCUGGGGUGGAACUAGUCCAAGUACCUGAUCAAACCUGCACCGUGAAUAACAACUUAGCAACUAUCAAAGCUAGGCCUACCACAUCAAGGGAAUCUUUUUCGGGACUAUUUGCAGAUGGAAAUUUUGACAUUAUACAGCCUACGAAUUGUAACUCUGCCUCUGCUGCCCAUGAACAAAUCGACAGUUUGACUCCAAUCUUGCCAGUAGAAUUCUCGGAGUGUUCUCAUUCAGACAUUGAGCGUGUUUGUGCCAAUGAAAAUAUAGCUUUGUUUUUCUGCAAAGUCUGGAAAGAAGACUGUCUGUUAAUAAUCCUAUUUUUUACCAAUCACAGCAAUGUAGAAGUUACUAAUGCAACUGUCAAUUUUGCUUUAACUGAGGAACUGCAGGCUGGUGAGGAUACAAGUUUCCAUUUUACCACAUUGGGAUCACAUUCCUCAGUCAGAUGUGAGCUCUGUCUGCAAAUGGUGAAACCUUGUACCCAGGUAGCCCUUGCAGGGCACAUCAAUUAUCAUCCCAAGCACAGUCAUUGUACAGAAGAGAAGUAUACACUAGCUUUAUUCUUGAAGGAUUUUAUCAGGCCAUUAAAACUGUCUACUGAAGAAUUUGGGAACCUUUGGCUCUCACUCUCCAAUGAUGUGAAACAGAAUCUUAGCUUUUCAGUGAAUUCAUCUGAAGCAUUGACUUCAGCACUUCAUGCUCUGCAGAAAGAGCUCAGUCUGCAUAUUGUGGCUAUUAUAGGAGCAGAAGGGAUUGUAGCUUGCCAACUGCUUCCAUCAACGUCCUGUUUACUUCACUGCCGAUUUCACGCUGGGAUUUUGUCACUGUGGCUGCGUUCAGAUUGCUGUGUCCUUCCAGACUGUUUGCUGUACGAGUGCCAAAAGGUGAUACAAAAAAUCUAACCUCAGCAAAAACUUGAGACAAAAAUAAUCAACUGGCCUGCAUUUCUUUCACUAGUUUGGCAAUGCUGCUCAAGUUCAUUGAAAUCAAGGUGGAUGUGAUAUUUUAUGAGAAACUUAUCCAAGGCCACUGCACAAACAAGAGAGAAUCUGCAAGUUGGUUGUUCCAGAAUAAUGAUGUGACAAGGACAAUGGUUAACCACUGUAACCUCAGGCGUUUUGCAAUGCAGUAGCAGCAAUUUUCUGAACCUGAUCUUUGGAGAGUCUCUGAGAUUUGAUUUCCUAGCAGUUUCCAAUGUUUGAUAUAAUUUCCAAAGUAUUUUUUAGUAUGGAAAUUCUAGAUGACAGCUUGGCUGGUGCCACUUGCAAAUAAGAUGAGAUGUUUUGAAUCAUGGCAAUAUUUUGAUUCCUCAUUGAGUUCUGGACACAUUGGGAUCUGAGAGACAAAAUCAUACUCCUCUACUUUUUAUUGAAUGCCGGGCAUCUUGGAAUAUUGUAGCAUGUAUAGCAUGUUUAUAUUUGAAAGCAACCUUGAAAGUUCUCACUUAGUUCCAUCAAAAUGAACAUCAAUUUAUUCUGCCUGUGUUGUGAAGACAUUUAUGUAUUGGGUACCCACUCAGAAUCUGAAGCACUUUGAUUCUCACACCAUCAGAUCUUGAGCACGCAAGCUGUCAAACAGUGUGGGCCUUUUACAGUUGUGCAUAAUUAGUCAUAUUUUACUUCAAGCUGCAUUGAAAUUGCAAGAUGAAAUUUGUCUUUGGAUUGUGCAGGGAGGGAAGUUUUUUUUGCUCCAGUAUGUUAGAUGUAACACUAAUUUGUUACAAGUAUUUAACUAAUUUCUUGCACUAAGAUUAAAAAAAGGGAGUUUGCUUUUUAUUUCUUGCACUGUUGUCAAGAUUAAAAUAAUAAUCAGGGAAGUAUUUUCAUGCUGUACCAGAGCAGCAAUGCAUGUAAAUUUAUAGUACUUAUCAAGUCUAACCCAAAGCCUUAUGUUUAUACAAUAUAACAAGGUGUUUUUUUUUGUACCAGUGGUACAGUGUCCCUGUUUAAUAAUAUGUGUGCAUACAUAAUAUAUAAAUAUAUCGUGUUUUAUUAUUGUUUUUGUAAACACCUGUAAUUCUGUAAUUUAAUAACUGCCAUGCUCAAUAUAACUACUUUGUAUAUACAUAUAAAAUGAUUAAAGAUUAGC